CUCUUUUGGCCUAAGAUGGAUGAGAGCAUUUCGGACUAUGUUCGUACAUGUGAUGCCUGUCAACGGAACAAAUCCGUUAAGCAUAAGAAGUUUGGCUUGCUGGAACCUGUUGGUGUACCCUUGAGACCCUGGACGGAUAUCUCAAUGGACUUCAUAGUAGCACUACCGGAAUCAGAGGGGUAUACCAAAAUUUGGGUAAUCGUGGAUAGAUUCUCAAAGAUGGCACACUUCAUACCUCUGGCCACAGAAAUCCCGAUAAAGGAUAUGGCCCUGAUAUUCCUGAAGGAAGUUUGGCGGCUCCAUGGGCUCCCAGAAUCUGUUAUCUCCGACCGAGAUAGCCGAUUCACAUCCAAGUUUUGGAUGAGCCUGAUGCAACAAUUGCAACUGAAACUACGGUUCUCGACCGCUUUCCGCCCUGGGACUGACGGGUAGACUGAGCGGGUGAACCAGACCUUGGAACAAUACUUAAGAAAUUAUUGUUCAUAUCAACAGGAUGAUUGGGCAUCGCUGCUACCUUUAGCAGAGUACGCAUACAACACAUCCACUUCGGAGUCCACAAAGUUGUCUCCUUUUGAGAUUAACUAUGGUUUUAACCCAAGGACCAACUGGUCGGGUGCAGUCUCGGAACAGCAAGGUAUUCAUCCCAGUAGGGAGCUGUUGGUAAAGAACUGGGAAGGUGUCUGGCAAGAAGUCCGAGAUACACUUAAGCGAGCUCAAGAGAGACAACGGAAAUGGCAUGACCAGAAAAGGUUGCCAUCACCGGAAUAUGUGACGAUGGAAGAUGUAACUAAUAGCAGGGCAAAGAAAGCUGAUCGCGUGAUGCUAAAUCGAAAGAACAUCCGCACUAAGCGCCCUAUGGAGAAGCUAGACCACCGAAUGUUUGGACCCUUCGUGGUCAAACGUAAGGUUGGAAACCGAGCUUACGAACUCCAAUUGCCUGCCCGUUGGUCAAUCCAUCCGGUAUUCAAUGUCGGACUCUUAGAACCCUAUCGUGAAGACCUUAGUGGUAGAAGAACUAAAGAAGUUCCUGUCCCUGAGAUAGUAGACAAUGAGCCCAGCUACGUUAUCGAAGCAGUUGUAGAUAGUCGAUGGUACGGCAACAUGAAAGCGAAAUUUCCUAAUCGCUUUGUGCAGUACUUAGUUUCAUGGGAAGGUUAUGGCGCAGAGGAGAACUCUUGGGAGCCAUAUGAGAUGCUAGAGGGCACCGGCUUACAAGCCAUGAAGGAUUUCCAUCAUCGGUAUCCCCACAAACCCCGAGACCAUAGGGUU